AUGUUCGGGCUACUCGUCAUCCUUGCAGCUAGCAUGCAGCUGUUAGAGGCGGACAUCAUCGCCUACGACUGCAAGGACGACUCCGUGGAGCUCACGAAAGUCUCGCUGUUGAAUGUGAAGCCAUGUCUGGACCCGAGGAAGGCAGAGGAAACCAAACCAUGGGACAUCCAGCUGGUCCAGAAACGCCAAUACGUGGGGGUCCACGUAUACACCUGCCUGAUCACCGUGCAACAAACUAUCCAGCAUUGCGGGAUGCACUCGCACUCCAGCACAGUCGCAGGGGGCCUAGGAAAGUAUGUCCUGGAUCUGUCAGACUCCGAAUGCAGAAAAGCGCAGAGAUUCCAACACUUGGACCUGAGAGCAAUCGGAGCUGGUAUGGUGUCCCAGCUCACGAAAAAUGGAACGACGGAGAUUUCCACAACCCUGCAAGGACAACUAGACACAGAAGGCCGCUGUGAGGGAGUGACCUUCACAGUAGGAGAGGUUGUCUACAAAAACGUAGUCGUGUCAGGAGCUAUCACCAUCAAGCUGUCUGACUACGACACAGUUGCCAAUGUGGAGCUAAACACCAUCCACCUGAGGAGCGGCACCAUCUGCCCAUUCAAUGAUGGCGCCUGUUUCGACGAUUUAUCCGGAAUCGCACUUUGGGAGUCCCACUACGAAGACCAGUGCACCAACAAAGGAGUUGACGUAUUAUACGAAGGAAAUGCCACCCUUCUCACCUUACGUAAAGAUCCACAGAUCCAGUACGUGAUUGUGGAGACGGACGACACAGUAUUUGCCCUGAAGCUGACGAAGCCAGAAGACCUUUGCCAUCAACACGCCUGGCAAACAGAACAAAACCGCCUGCUAGUGAUUUUCCGGGACUCCAUAGGAUUCUACUUCCGGAAAUCAACGAAGAUAGCCCAGAAUACCGACAUGAUGGCGCACGUUCUAAGUAAGCUACUAUACUUAGAGAUUGCAGUCAAACGCUACAUGGCUGAUAUAGUCUAUGACGCCAUUGUAAAAAGAUGUCAACUCCGAGAGAAGAUCCUUCAAAACCGCAUCACGAUGGCACUUCAAGCUCCAGAUCUGAUAGGCAACCUGAUCAAGGAAACUACAGGAUACGUAGGACGAGUAAUGGGAGAGGUCCUAUACAUCGCUAAAUGCAAACCUAUAGUGGUAGAAAUACGAAAAUCCCAAAAAUGCUACCAAGAACUACCCGUGACAUACAACAACGAGACAUGGUACCGGAUGCCCAUUAGUCACAUACUCGUCCAACAUGGUAAAGAAGUAGACUGCCAACCUCUCCUACCAGCCAACUUCCAACUUGAAGGGACCUGGAUCGAGAUCUCGCCGGCGUUGAAGAGGACAUCGUCAGUAAUGGAGUUGGACGCGAACGAAGAAAAGGACACCAUCACUCUAACGAAGAUAUCGCCUAUUUCCUCCCAUGGUCUCUACACAAAAGAGGAAAUGGACACCUUUCAACAAGCCCUAUUGUUCCCGAAUGAACGUGAGGCUGUAGCGAACGAGAUGGCAAGGCGCCUCGCCGGAAGAAAAAAUACAACCAACCGCUACUACAUGCCAGGACUCUUUACGAGAGAAGAGUUCAAGAACAUCGCCAUUACUGCGGCGGAACAUGUAUGGGGGUUCCUAUCACGUAUGGGCAACAUCUUCUCGGUGUGUGCAUUCCUAUACACCAUGCUAUGUAUUGCCAGCUAUGUCGCCAGUGUGAUCGCGAACUAUUUCACACUCCGAAACGCAGCGAGGAACCAUCCGAGGAGGAGACGCUACCUAUGGGCUAGUUUAUGGCAGGCUCUAGCUCACCGUUAUCUGUACCACCUACACACACAGCGAGAAGGGCAGUUCGAACUUCAAGAAAUCAACCACCAGAGUAAUGCCGAGACCACAACGGAGGUGGACGUCGCCAUCCAAGUAGAGUCGGUACCCACGGCUCCGGGCUAUCCACAACUGAGGCCCUGCAAGGAUAGCACGUGCCUGGAUCCACACGCAGUGGCGUAUCAAUAG